AUGGAAGAAAUACAGUCUCAAUCAGAUAAUUAUAGAUCUUCAUCAUCGUCAGCAAGCAGCCCGGCAAGUAGGGUGCCAUCAAGUAACUUCUUCUAUCUGCGGAAGCCUGGUUCACUCAGGCAGCCCAUAUCUUUUGAGGAUUCACCUGAGUGGGAUGAUACUGAUAUUGAUGUUAGAGUUGAGGAUGGAGGCGACUCUAUUAAUGUUGCAACAACACCAGCUUCUCCUUCUCUGUCAAAGCUCAACAGUGGGUCUCUGCCAUCCCCACGUCUACCGGAGGGUGCAGUAAUUCCGCGGAAAAUUGCUGGCGCCUCUGUUGCCUGGAAAGAUUUGACCAUUACAAUAAAGGGUAAAAGGAAGUACUCUGAUAAGGUUAUUAAGAGUUCAACUGGUUAUGCGUUACCUGGGACAAUGACUGUAAUUAUGGGGCCUGCUAAAUCAGGGAAAUCUACCUUAUUGCGAGCCAUUGCAGGAAGAUUGCAUUCUUCUGCCAGGAUGUAUGGUGAAGUGUUUGUGAAUGGAGCAAAAUCACAAAUGCCUUAUGGGUCUUAUGGUUAUGUGGAGAGAGAAACCACUCUGAUUGGAUCCCUUACUGUGCGGGAAUUUCUGUAUUAUUCAGCCCUUCUUCAGCUUCCUGGUUUCUUUUGUCAGAAAAAAAGUGUGGUUGAGGAUGCAAUACAUGCAAUGUCUUUAGGUGAUCAUGCAAAUAAACUUAUAGGUGGACAUUGUUAUAUGAAAGGGCUUCCUAGCGGGGAGAGAAGACUUGUUAGCAUUGCGAGGGAGCUUGUGAUGAGACCACGUAUUUUAUUUAUAGAUGAACCUCUUUAUCAUUUGGACAGUGUCUCGGCACUUUUAAUGAUGGUUACAUUGAAGAGACUUGCAAGCACUGGUUAUACUCUCAUCUUGACCAUAUAUCAAAGCAGCACGGAAGUCUUUGGCCUUUUUGACCGUAUAUGCCUACUUUCAAAUGGAAAUACACUCUUCUUUGGAGAAACACUAGCUUGCUUGCAGCACUUUUCAAAUGCUGGAUUUCCUUGCCCAAUCAUGCAAAGUCCUUCUGAUCACUUUCUCCGUGCAAUUAAUACAGAUUUUGACAGGAUAAUCGCAAUGUGUAAAAACUGGCAGGAUGACAAUGGAGAUUUUUCUUCUGUAAACAUGGACACUGCUGUUGCUAUACGCACGCUUGAAGCAACUUACAAGUCAUCAGCGGAUGCAGCUGCUGUUGAAACUAUGAUUCUGAAACUCACUGAGAAGGAAGGUCCAGUUCUCAAAAGCAAGGGAAAAGCUAGCAAUGCUACUCGGAUAGCAGUUUUGACAUGGAGAUCUUUAUUAGUUGUCUCAAGGGAGUGGAAAUAUUACUGGCUACAUCUUAUUCUUUACAUGCUUCUCACACUGUGUAUUGGCACUGUAUUUUCUGGUCUUGGGCAUUCUCUGUCUUCUGUUGUGACAAGAGUUGCGGCAAUUUUUGUAUUUGUAUCAUUCUGUUCCCUUCUAAGCAUUGCUAGGGUGCCUGCACUAAUGAAAGAAAUCAAGAUAUAUUCCUGUGAAGAAUCAAACCAGCACUCCAGUACAUUGGUUUUUUUACUUGCGCAGCUCUUGUCAAGCAUCCCGUUUCUUUUUCUCAUCUCCAUUUCAUCAAGUCUUGUCUUCUACUUCCUCGUCGGGCUGGAAGAUCAAUUUAGCUUGUUAAUGUACUUUGUGCUCAAUUUUUUCAUGACUUUGCUGCUGAAUGAAGGAAUUAUGUUAGUUGUGGCUACUUUGUGGCAAGAUGUAUUUUGGAGUGUCCUGACACUGUUGUGCAUACAUGUGGUCAUGAUGCUUUCAGCAGGCUAUUUUAGAAUUCGAAAUGCUUUGCCUGAACCAGUGUGGAUGUACCCAAUGUCGUAUAUAUCCUUUCAUACAUACUCUAUUCAGGGGCUAUUGGAGAAUGAAUACCUUGGGACCUCCUUUGCAGUGGGGCAGGUCAGGACCAUCUCUGGGUUUCAAGCUCUCCAAAGUGCGUACAAUAUCUCCCCCGACAGUAAUUCGAAGUGGAAAAAUUUGUUGGUUUUGUUUCUUAUGGCAAUUGGUUAUCGCAUUUUUGUGUUCAUUUUAUUAUGUUUCUUCACUGGGAGAAAAAUAUCCUUGCGUAAAUGUUUCAAGUGUAAUAGGGAUACAACAGAUCAUACAAGCUGA